AUGAACAUGACGUGGUACACCGUGGGCGGUGUCGGCGGCUUCCACCUCUUUCACCAAGUGUCGACGCUUCUCUUGGCGACUGUGAAUGCAGCGGCCACUGGGUACAUCCUCAGCACGUUCGACUACGGGUAUGCCGCGUCCGCUGCAUCGGUGGCCCUCACGCUCUUCCAGCUCUUCCUCUCGCUGCUCGUCAUCCCGGCGCUCCUCCUCGCAACCGCUGCGCCACUCGCGUGGUUUCCGCUCCUCGCGUCCUUCCGCGGCAGCGGCUUUUACCUCUUUGGUCUCGGGCUCCUUACGCUCUAUCGCCUCGGCAAUCUCUUUGGUCUUAUUACGGGCGGAGCUUGCAUCCUCUUUGGCAUUUUCUUUGUGCUCUAUGGACAAGUGUGGCGCGAGCGUGGGUCCAAGUCGUACCGCGCCUUGUUUUGGACUUAA